AUGCCCUUCAAGUUCGCUUUCCUGUGCGAUCUUCUCUCCAGCCUCGAGAAGAACAAAACUGCCAAGGCCUCGACCGCCGCACGGAACAAUGACCCGGAUAUCCGGACGGUCAAUCAGUGGUUCAUCCGGCAUGAACGACGGAUCCAUCAUCCCGACACGGACAGGCUGGCCCUGCUCUCGUGCAUGUUCCCCGAGAGACGAACAGACCGAGUGUAUGGGUUGCAGGCAACCUCCCUGGCACGCGUAACUGGCCGCUGUCUAUACCUCGGAUCGUCACGCUUGGCAGACCUUGAUCGAUGGCGUGUAUCCGGUGGCCCUGAUCUGGGCCAGUGCGUGGAGAAUGUUAUGCGACAGGCCGAAAACCAUAUUCAGGACCACGCGGAAAUCACCGUUGAGGAAAUCGAUCACGCCUUGAAUCUGAUCGCAUCCCGAUGUCGCUUCUCUGACCUUUCUGUUUGUCGGCAGCACACUGCCGUUCAUAUGGAAGAGGCUCUUGCUCCUUUAUACCGAAGACUGAGUAGCCGAGAUGCCAAAUGGCUCACUCGCAUGAUUCUGAAGGACUACUCCCCCGUUGCCCUACCACAACAAUAUACUUUGGAAAGGUUUCACUUCUUACUUCCGCAGCUCCUCCAAUUCCAGGCCUCCUUCGUCGGAGCAUUGGAUAUGCUUGCCUGCAGCCCAAUGAAUCAUUUCCCACCCCGUCCAGAUCCGACGCUCGCUGCCACGUUGAGCUCGCUAGCUUUACAACAUCUACGCCCUCAAAUUGGCUUCAAAAUUGGACGACCCGAAUAUUACAAGGCUCGGAGCGUCAAACAUUGCUAUCAAAUGUCACAGGGCAGGCGCAUGAGCGUAGAGAGAAAGUACGACGGGGAAUAUUGUCAGAUCCACAUUGAUCUUACAAACAAAAAGAAUCCUAUCCGGAUUUUCUCGAAAAGUGGCAAAGAUUCCACUGCGGACAGGUCAGGCAUAAUUCAUGUUGUGGAGGAGUCCCUUCGAAUCGGACAUUCAGACUGCAAGUUUUCGCAGUGUUGCAUUGUUGAAGGAGAACUCCUAGUAUGGAGUGAUAAGCACGGCAAGUUGUCCAACUUCCACAAGCUGCGUCGCUUUCUCCCUCGGUCUGGGACCUUGAUUGGUGUUGAGAAUGAUUCUCCGUAA